GUUUUCAGAUCAAGAUCAAACGGUUAAAUUAGUCUAGAAUCAUUCAUUUUUUCUUGUACUUCUUAUUUUUCUGUAUUCCAUUUUGUUUCCCCGAGACAUCCAAACGGCCCCCAAGUCUUCGUCUCUUCGAGAGUGCAAGUCGUCGCCCAGUGUCGUGGAGCAGAAUCCAGUCAACCACCACCCUAUGUGCUGCUGUUAUUAAUUAUUAUCCGGGGAUAUGUAUGAGAUAUUGGGGUUUUAGCUCUCAGGCUUAUUCUAUUCUGCAGGGCUACUGCUAAAGUGUAUUCAAAACUGAACUCCAAGACAGAGAUGGCUGCAAUUACAACAAAUCACAGAUACGUGUUAAUAUCCCAUUUCUUAUUGCCUUCAAUUGAUACUCCAUCACACUAGCUGAGUUUAACAGCUCUGUAAUAAGUAGUUUAGUAUUUUCAACAUGGGAGGAUAUGAACAAGAGGGGACAAAAUUGAAUAUAUAAAUUUGUAAUCCAAAUAUCUUGGCAAUCUAAUGAAUUAAAUUACACUAUCCAAGUGUUGACUUCGAAUCAAAUUUUAUACUAUCACCAAGUGGGUUCAACAACCCUUCUUGAACUAAGCCCGCCGGGUAGUACUAAUACAGUAAUACAGUUUCUAAUUGUUUUAAUUUAUUUGCAAGUGCUAUAUUUUUUUAUUCUUGUUUUGGUUGUUGGCAUGUUAUAGGGAAAAUUAAUUCCAAAGUCCUUGAAUUAUAAGCAAUUUUUUUCUAGGUCUAUGAACUAUAAAUUUCAAUUCAUAAGUAAUUCAAAAUCUUGAUUUUUUCCUACCUGGAUCCUUCUGUUAGAUCUGAUUCGACGUCGUUAGUUUUUCCGACGAACUUGGUCGAAAAAGCUCAAAUCCGGUGAGCUUGAAUUUUCCGACGAGGCUAAUUUGAACAUUAAAAAUCACGAAAAUUAUAUGAACAUGCUCAUAAUCACACGAUCUAUCAAUCUACAUCAUUAUAAUUCGAUUAAAAGCUAUUAAAAUGAAAACUAAUAUUCAACUCAAAAUUCGGAAAUUACCAAAAUAAAUUUUGAUGGUAUAGAUGGAUAGGGGAUUGAAAAACUAGCAAUUUGAUUAUUCAAGCUUCAAAUUUGGAUACCAGAAUCACCUUCAAAGUUAUCUUUGAUUCUCAUGAACUUAAGAAGAACUAACGGCGUCAAAACAGAACUAACGGAAGGACCCAGAUAGUAAAAAAUCAAGAGUUGAAUUACUUAUGAAUUGACAUUUAUAAUUUAGGUACGUAUAAAAAAAGUGUCUAUAGUUCAGAGAUUUUAGAAUUAAUUUUCCCUAACUAUAAUUGUUUGUUUUGUUUAGUUUUGGUUUAGGUUUGUUUUGAAAUGCUGCUGCAGUGCGCAACUUGCUCGGGAAUUUGUUACACCGGAAGCUUAGAAGUUUGUGAUAGUAAUUUUCAACGUAGGAGGAUAGAACAAGAGGGGACAAGAUCGGCUAGAAAAUUCUGUGAUCCAAGUAUCCCGGCAAUCUCCUUUUUUCAGCCAGUUAAGUUGAAUUAAAUUAUCCAAGUGCUAUAUUCGUUGACUUGGAAUUAAAUAAGAUGUCAGGCAUCUCACAAUGCAUGGUGUCAGCUCAUAUGUAGAAAAAAAUGUCCAACACAGAGACAUGUUAGUAAUAUUUUUAGAUACCGAGAAAUCAACGCAUACCUAAUAUGUAAAAAAAAAUAUACAACACACACAACAUUUGAUGAAUGAUGUUUGUCAUCUAUAUCAUAUCCACGUCAUUUUCUUUUAAAUUUGACUCAAAGAAAAUUUAACUUUACUUCAACCUACUUCAAAGAAAAAAAGAAAUUUUACUUCAACCCAGGUGUCUAUAUUAUAUUAUAUUAUAUUAUAUAUGUUUUAUAAUAUUAUAAUCCUAUUAUAUAUAUUUGUAUAAUUUUAAAUUUUAUAAUUUAAUUUUAUGUAUUGUUAAGUGUAAAAAUAUUUAUAAUAAAUAAAUAAUAUAAUAAAAAUAAUAUAAUAACUUAUAUAAUUAUUUAACGUCAAUUAUAAAAAUAAUAUAAUAAAAAUUGAAUGGGACAUCCUGAAAAGGAAAGUGUAUAAAAAUGAGAGGGACGGAAGGAAUAUCACUAAUCAUUAUUUAUUUAAGUUAUUAUUUUGUUUUCAAUAAUAUAGAAUAAAAACUAAAUAAAUUAUUUUAUUGUAUAUUUAUAAUCAACAUUUCAAAUAAUAUUGUGAACAUAGCUAAUGGUUUUAGUUAAUACCCACCCCAACAAAUAUCAUUACAAGGCACAAUUUUUUUUUUUUAGCUAAUGACAGUUUCAUCUUUAGCGUUGGAGAUGCUCUCACAGUUGGUUUAACAACCCUAGUUGAACGAAGAGCAUCUCCAACUGCGUUAGGUUAUAAUCGUUGGCUAAAUGGCACCUGCAAGACAUUACGUAAAAUUUGUUGAACUUGUAAGACAUUUUGCUUCAUUGCUAUUGGCUAUAUUGGUUGGCUAUAAUUUAAAAAUAGUAUGUUAUUAAUAUUUUAGAUUGUUAAAAUAGAAUAUAUCAGUUCAAUAUGGUAAUAAAUGAUGUGCAAUCUUCCUACAUAUUUCUUACAGACUUGUAUAGGUUCGACAAAUUUAACCAUCAAUAAGAGGUUGAUUAAAUUUACAACAACAGCUGAGUAUGGUUGGAGUUGAGUUUUUCGAGCUGUUGGCUAAAUUUUUUUAUUGUAAGUAUGCCAACUCAUCUUUUAGGGGGUUUCGAGGGUCGGAGAUGCUCUAAGCCAACCAAAACCAGUUGGAUCCAAACACCAAACUCAUUUGAAGAUCUAUCCCUCACCCAAAAUGAGUUCUAACACUGAAAAGGGGACAAGAUUGAACAUAUGAAUUUGUGACCCAAAUAUCCCGGCAAUCGUUUUUGUUAGUGAGUUAAAUUAAAUUAUUCAAGUGAUAAAUCUUCGACUCAAAUUUUAUAUGACCAGUCGGUUUAACAACCCUCAUUGAACUAAGCCAGGCAGGUAGUACUAAUACAGGUUCUAAUUGUUUUUUUUUUUAAUUUGCAAGUGGUGUAACUUUUAUUCUUGUUUUGGUUGUUGGCCAUAUAUGAUUAUAACAAGUGGUAAUUAUUUGAAGUGGGGACUAAUCUACUUAAGCCUGCUACUGGGAGACAAGUUGGAUCAAAACACCAAACCCAUUGCUAGAUCUAUCCCUCAUCGCCAGAAAUGAGUUCAACAAUCAAGCAUUUUAGCCAUCCGGAGCAUGAACUGAUCUUGAAGGAGAAUGAUGUCAUUGAAGAGACUGCUACUUGCUAUCUCUGCAAUAAAACAGUCAUCGGCUGUCCUACGUAUACCUGUACUAGUCGUCAUGCUGAUAAUGACGAUAAUGAUGAUAUUCGCUGUAAAGAGUUUUACCUGCACCAGACUUGUGCAGAAUUACCCUCUCAAAUUUAUUAUGAUAUGCACAACCAACACCCCCUUACUCUCGAACUACGCUCUAGUGAAUGUGUUUGUGAUGUUUGUGAUAUUUGUGAGCAUAAAACAAAGUUCAAUUAUGUAUGCCUGGCUUGUGACUUUGAUGUGUGUGUUGCUUGUGCUUUUCCUGGUCCUUCUGUUGACGAACAGAGAGAGCUUCUUCAUGAAGGUCACCAGGAGCACACACUAGUACUAUUGCAGAGGAAAGCUUUGUUUAAAUGCGAUGCUUGUUGGGAGGAGGCUAAAGACUUUUCUUAUGUAUGCAAAACCUGUGAUUUCUGGAUCCACAAGAAGUGUGCUUUCUCUCCGCCCAUUAUUGCAGAGCCUGCUAAUCACCAUCACCCUCUCCAUCUCAUCUUCUCUGUUCCAGAUGAACAUCGCUAUUUCCCCCGAUACUGCAAUAUCUGCAAUCACCAUGUUCCUGUACACUCCUGGAUGUAUUAUUGUCAGAAAUGCACAUAUUUCGGGCAUAUGAAAUGUGCUACAGCCCCUGUAUCUGCAUUAAAUGAUACUGAAGCCCCUGACAACGACCCAGAUUUGAUAGAAUUUCCUCUGCAUAGCGUGGAAGCACUAAGUGAUUUCUUCAUAACCCGGUUUUCAAAUUUCCAAGUUGACUUUGAAGGUGAGCAUAAAGAUACUGCCAUUACAUCAACUGGAUCUAAUGAUCAACAUAGAAUUGAAGAGCAUUGGAGUCACCCCGAUCAUCCACUAGAACUGUGUCAGUUUAUUAUUAAUGAGCAUGAUAGCGACGACGAAGAUGAUGAUGACAACACAACAGUAUUGACAUGUGAUGGGUGCACUCAACCCAUCACAGUUACCCAUCCAUCAUACUACGGUUGUGCCCAGUGUAAUUUCUUUCUCCACUCUGUAUGUGCCACUAAAUUUCCAAAAGUGUUGCCUAUAGGAUUAUCCUCGUUUCACCCGCAGCAUUCGCUCUCCCUUAUGAGGAAACCUAGAUUCUACACAAUAGUGAAUUGCGGAGUUUGUAACGGCUGGACAAAUGGAUUCUACUAUGAAUGUGAGGCUUGUGAUAUGAAAAUUGAUAUCUGCUGUGCAUUUUUGCCUCCCAGGAUAAAACAUAAGUCUCACAAGCACCACCCCUUUAUUCUGUGUGAUGACAGUCGCAGUGUUAGUAGGUACGGAAUUCAGGGUGGCAUGGAAUAUGGAUGUGAAAUUUGUAGCAACUUCCGGAUCAAUAUACCUAGUGUAUUUUACCCAAGUACGAUGAAACACAAAUAUGAAGAUCAUCCAAUAACCUUGAGAUAUCCUCCAUUCUUCUACGAAGGUGUAUUCUAUUGUGAGGUAUGUGAAGAACAAGUAAACAAUCAGUGGUGGCUCUAUCACUGUGACGAGUCUGAUCAUUCUUUUCACUUUUCUUGCCUCUGUAUUAUGCAGAGGAUCAAGUUAGGAGGGACCAUCAUUUUUUGUGGUAAUAACAGUAAAAAACACACUUUUGUAUAUGUUUACAAAGAUAAUGUAAGAAAGAACUCCCCCUUAUACAAGUGUGAUGUUUGCUGGUAUACAAACGCUCGUGGUUUCUACUUGGAAUGCGAGGGCUGUGGAGUUCUUGUCUGCCCUACGUGUAUGAUCAAGGUAGAGGCUUUUUUCAGGGCCCGUUUUGGGCAUGUGCUGCAGUUGAACCAGCAAAGGGUCCAAGAUUUUCGGCAAAAAAUAGGGGCCUCCGAGUACACUUUGAUAUCAAUUUUGUUCCUGUUCUAAUUUUUUUUUGUCACCCUUGCAUGUAUGGAAAUAUGUAGUUAAUUUUCAGUUUUAUAA